AUGGCCAAACCUGGCCUUAUUUCCCAGCUGGAAGAGGAGGAAGAGCUGUUUCUCCUGAGUUCUGAUGAAGAGGAAGGACUGGCAGAGCGUGGAAAAAGCUUCAUGCAGAGGAAAAACCUUAAUUCCCACCAACAAACUCACUCAGGCGAGAAUAAAUAUAAAUGCGUGGAUUGUGGAAAAAGCUUCCGUUGGAGUGGAAAACUUACCAUCCAUCAAAGAAUUCAUACUGGGGAGAAACCAUACACAUGCCUGGAGUGUGGGGAAAGCUUCAGCUGUAAUGACAGUCUUACUUCCCAUCAAAGAAUUCACACAGGUGAGAAACCAUAUCAAUGCCUGGAUUGUGGGAGAAGCUUCAGUCAUAAUGGCAAUCUUACUUCCCAUGAAAGGAUUCACACAGGGGAGAAGCCAUAUCAGUGCCUGGAGUGUGGGAAAAGCUUCAGUCGGAAUAACAGUCUUACUUCCCAUCAAAGAAUUCACACAGGGGAGAAGCCAUAUCAAUGCUUGGAGUGUGGGAAAAGCUUCCGUCAUAGUGGAAAACUUACCAUGCAUCAAAGAAGUCAUACUGGGGAGAAACCAUACACAUGCAUGGAGUGUGGGAAGAGCUUCAGGAGGAGUGGAAACCUAAUUUCCCAUCAAAUAAUUCAUACAGAGGAGAAAUCAUAUAAAUGCAUGGAGUGUGGGAAAACCUUCCAUCGGAGUGGCAGUCUUACUUUCCAUCAAAAAAUUCACACAAGGGAGAAACCAUAUCAAUGCCUGGAGUGUGGGGAAAGCUUCAGCGGGAACGACAGUCUUACUUCUCAUCAAAGAAUUCACACAGGGGAGAAACCAUAUCAGUGCCUGGAGUGUGAGAAGAGCUUCAGUCAUAAUGGCAGUCUUACUUCCCUUUCUUCCCAUCAAAUGAUCCAUACAGGGGAGAAACCAUAUAAAUGUCUGGAGUGUGGGAAAAACUUCAGACGAAGUGACAGUCUUUCUUCCCAUCAAAGAAUUCACAUUGGGGAGAAACCAUAUAAAUGCUUGGAGUGUGGGAAAAGUUUCAGUUGGAAUCACAGUCUUUCUUCCCAUAAAAGAAUUCACACAGGGGAGAAACCAUAUGAAUGCCUGGAAUGCGGGAAAAACUUCAGGCGGAGUGACAGUCUUACUUCCCAUCAAAGAAUUCACAUGGAGGAGAAACCAUAUAAAUGCCUGGAUUGUGGGAAAAGCUUCAGUUCGAAUAAUGGUCUUACUUACCAUCAAAGAAUUCACACAGGGGAGAAACCAUAUACAUGCUUGGAGUGUGGGAAAAGCUUCAGUCAUAGUGGCAGUCUUACUUCCCAUCAAAGAAUUCACACAGGGGAGAAACCAUAU